GCGCUCCCUCUCUUCUUCACAUCCCUCCUCUUUCUCCUCCUUUCUCCCCAAACGUUACCGGAUUUAACGGGUUGAAGGGUGGGGGGGGGGGGUACUCCUCUGUUUCCACGGCGAUGGGUUUGACGGGCGGCCGGUGGAUCUAGGCCACGACACCGAGGGGGCGACGGAUUAUCAUCUGGCAGGAAGUCCCGGGACAGAAGACCUCCAUGGCCAAAGUGACUCCGCCCACCGGCCUUGUGCAGGACAUGGAGGAGGAGCCAGGUGACAGAGCCGGAGCCGGACUUCUGUUCAAUGUCAACAACAACAACAACGAAGAAGAGGACGAGGAGAAGAAGAAGAAGGAGAAGAAGAAAGAGAAGAAGGAGAAGAAGGAGAGGAAGCAGAAGAAGGAGAAGGAGAAGCAGGAGAGGAAGGAGAGGAAGGAGAAGAAACAGAAGGAGAAGGAGGAGAAGGAGAAAGAGAAGGAGAAGGAAAAGGAGAAAGAGAAGAAGGCCAAAGAGGAGGCGCCCAAAGAGAUCUCCGUCAUCGACCCGGCCGGCAACACCUACUACUACUGGCUGGCGCUGAUCACCGUGCCCGUCAUGUACAACUGGACCCUGAUCAUAGCCCGGGCGUCUUUUGAGGAGCUCCAAUCAGACUACUUGAUGCUGUGGUUCCUUGUGGAUCUAACGUGUGACCUCCUGUACAUCGCAGACAUGAUCUUCAGAACCAGAACCGGGUACCUGGAGCAGGGCCUGCUGGUGAAGGACGAGCUGAAGCUGCGUGAGCGCUACAUGAAGAGCGUCCAGUUCAAGAUGGACCUGGUCUCCAUGAUCCCCACCGACCUGCUCUACCUCGUGGUCGGCCUCAAGUUCCCCGAGAUACGCCUCAACAAGCUGUUCAGGUUCAACAGGAUGUUGGAGUUCUUCCAGAGAACCGAGACCAGGACCAACUACCCCAACGCUCUGCGCAUCUCCAACCUCGUCAUGUACAUCGUCAUCAUCAUCCACUGGAACGCCUGCCUCUACUACUCCGUCUCCAAGGCCAUCGGUUUCGGUUCUGACAGGUUUGUGUAUCCCGACCCGGCAAAUCCAGAGUUUGGUCGCCUGGUGAGGAAGUACGCCUACAGCAUGUACUGGUCCACCCUGACGCUCACCACCAUCGGGGAGACUCCGCCCCCCGUGAGGAACUCUGAGUACUUCUUCGUUGUCACGGACUUCCUGGUCGGUGUGCUGAUCUUUGCCACCAUCGUCGGUAAUGUUGGUUCGAUGAUCACCAACAUGAACGCUGCCAGAGCCAACUUCCAGGCUCGCAUCGACGCCAUCAAGCAGUACAUGACCUUCAGGAAUGUGACGAAGGACCUCGAGAAGCGAGUGAUCAAGUGGUUCGACUUCCUGUGGACCAAUAAGAAAGCAGUGGACGAGAGGGAGGUGCUGCAGUACCUGCCCGACAAACUGAGAGCCGAGAUCGCCAUCAACGUCCACCUGGACACGCUGAAGAAGGUUCGUAUCUUUGCGGACUGCGAGGCCGGUCUGCUGGUGGAGCUGGUGCUGAAGCUGCAGCCUCAGGUCUACAGUCCAGGAGACUACAUCUGUAAGAAGGGCGACAUCGGCAGAGAGAUGUACAUCAUCAAGGAGGGGAAGCUGGCCGUGGUCGCCGACGACGGGAUCAAACAGUUCGUCGUCCUCAGUGACGGGAGCUACUUCGGAGAGAUCAGCAUCCUGGCGAUUAAAGGCAGUAAAGCAGGGAACAGGAGGACGGCGAACAUCCGCAGCAUCGGGUACUCGGACCUCUUCUGCCUCUCCAAAGACGACCUGAUGGAGGCGCUGACGGAGUACCCCGACGCCAAAGCUCUGCUGGAGGAGAAGGGGAGGCAGCUCCUGAUGAAGGACGGACUGCUGGACCUGGAGGUGGCGGCGCAGGGCCCCGACCCCAAAGAGAUCGAGGAGAAGGUGGAGCGCAUGACCGGCAUGCUGGACGCCCUGCAGACGCGCUACGCCCGGCUGCUGGCGGAGCACCAAGCCACGCACGGCAAACUCAAGCACCGAGUCAACCGGCUGGAGAGGAAGCUGGCGCCGGGGGAAGCUCCGCCCCCUCCGCCGCCUGAGACGUAGACGACGAGAGGAGAAGAAGAAGAAGAAGAAGAAGAAGAAGAAGAAGAAGAAGAAGAAGAAGAAGAAGUAGUAGUAGGAGGAAGUGAACUGACUCCAGGUUGAAAUGCUGCGUCAGAGGACGUUAAUUCUUGUAAAUAAUUUCCAUCUUUGUAAUUAUAUUCAUAUAUUUAAUAUUUAGCCCCAGCUGCUCCUCUGGGUAGUUCAUACGCCACAAACACAUGAAAAUACUAAUUAUUUACAUACUUACAAACACUUUUGUUUGAUUUGUUGCAUCUUGGAAACCAGAAUAUCAGCAACAACACGUGUUUUUAUCCCAGGAUGUACUCCAGAGCUCCUAGAUCAGUGGUCGAGGUCAAAGGUCACCAGGCAUCCCUGCUUUGUGUAAGAGGUCGUUCACGCUUAGACAAAAACCAAUUAAUAAAGAUAUUUUAUAAGGAAAAACAGAA